AUGGACAUAGAUGAGGCUGGAGAUACAGAGUCUCACUCUGUCACCCAGGCUGGAGUGCAGUGGUGCGAUUUCAGCUCACCGCAACCUCUGCCUCCUGGGUUCAAGCAAUUCUCCUGCCUCAGAGUAGCUGGGACUACAGGCAUGCACCACCACACCUGGCUAAUUUUUUGUGUAUUUUUGGUAGAGAUAGGGUUUCAUAAUGUUGGCCAGGCUGGUCUCGAACUCCUGAGGUCAGGUGAUCUGCUUGCCUCAGCCUCCCAAAGUGUGAGCCACUGCGCUUGGCCAAAAAAUGUCAUAUAUGAUCUUAAUAUCAUUAUUAUACUUAACUAAAUUAACAGUAAUUUUCUACUAUUGUCUGGUAGUCGUGCUUAUUAAAACUUCCCCAAUUGGCUGGGCAUGAUGGCUCAUGCCUGUAAUCCUAGCAC